AUGCCUCCGAAACAAGGAAAUGCUACGCGGGCAAAAGAGAUGGAAGAAUACGACAAGGAGCAGUUCAUGCUCAUGCAGCAGCGGCACAAGCUGCAGAAAGACACACAGCUUGAGGUCAGAAAUACCAAGUACAACAUGAGCCGGAUUCAGGAAAGCUGGCUGAAGAUCAUGCGCUCAGCGAAGACCAAGCAGCUGAAGAAGCAGGUUGAGAUCAUCUCCCAGAACCACGAGCGGGACGUUGAUCGCAAAGAUGCCAUUCUCCAGAUGUUAGAUCGAGACCUGGAUGAGGCUGAGGAGCAACACCAGGUGGCUGUGAGAAGCCAUCUUCUCAAUGUAGAUCGCCUUUUGGAGAUACAGCAGAGCAGGCUCCUUGCUUUGGACGAAGAGUUCCAGCGAGAUGUUGCCACGCUCAGGGAGGAGUUCCGAAUCGAGCGAGAGAACAUCCAGGAGCGACAUGCACUGGAGAAGCGAGAACUCGCUCUCAUAGUAGAACAAGUGGAGCGUGAAGAGAAGAACCGCGAAAUGGCGGAUAUCACCGACCACCAAUCCCAGUUUGAGCUCAUCCGCAACAAGAACAUCGAGGAGGACCACCAGAUGCGCUCUGGGCUGGAGGAGCAGAUCGAGGAGACUCGUGCAAGGUGCAAAGAAAGGCUGCAAGCCUACGAGAAGUCGACUGAAAGCAGCACGACGGAGUACAAGGCAGUGCUCCAUGUGCCCAACUUAGUGUUGUCAAGCUGCACAGCAGCACAUGGUAUGUUAGUGGCGGACAUAGUCAUGCAGCCGCAUGUCGGAUCCGAUUUGUCAGGCUUAAGGAGUUUGAGGCGUGGAGGCCCAGGCCGCCCCUUCUGCGGAGCUCACACUGUCGGCAACAGAGCCGUUGUGCGACCCAGCCGUUCUUCGCGAUCCGCCGUUGCUCCCUUUGCCUUCGGUCUGUCUUUGGGUUUGAGCAGCUUUGCUCUUGCACGGCUCAGCCGUCGCCUGCGACGCCGUCUUCAGCGCCGGAAGGGUCGAUUUGACCCUGCGGCAUCUGACGGAUCCCUCGGACACGCGCUGGUCCAAGCAGCGGCGCGGGGCCCGGAAGGUCUGGAUGUGAAAGCGCGCGCCGCUUACGACCUGAUACGGGCGGCGGCAGAAGCUGGUGUCAAGGAGUUCUCUUCUAGCGGAGACUUUGCAGCAGUCGGCCGAGCCGCGGCCAAAGCACGCGAAGAACUGGUUGUGCGUGCCGCAGAUGAAAUCCGAUCUGGGAGUGCAGAUGUGGAUGUAGUGGCCGAGUUCCUGGUUGACUCUGCACUCACGAGGGCUGCACGCUGUGCCCAUGGAGGUGGAGGUAUUUACUCGGAGCUUUGGCUCCUAGAUGAGGGCAGGGCGACUGUCGAAAACAUCCGGACGGCGAAGAUGGCGGAUGCUCUACAGCAAGAGGAUGGCAGUGCUGUUGCACGUUUGCUAGCUUGCAAGGACAUCUUGGUCGACGAGCGGCCACGGCAAGAGGGCCACGAAGCGCCGCUCUUUGCACAGGUGCAACCCUAUGUCUUCACCAGAUCCACAUUUCUGGCGCUUCUGGAUGUCUUUGAAGUCUUCCAUCAACGCCGUGGGCAGAUUGGGGAGUACACCGUGGAUGAGCGCGGGAAGAUCGAAAAACUUCUGGAUGUUGUGGACCGCACGCCCGUCAUGCGCCGAGCUCGUGCAGAGGCCGCAAAGCUUGAAGAUCUCACAGACGAAUCUUGGCGUCGUCACAUGUGGAACAUUUGGUUCCAGCGACACCCCACAAGCCCAAAGUGCGGCUUCGAGCAUGUCUUUGUUGGUGAGGCCACGGAAGACUUGCAGGGACGUGGGGUGGUCGGAGGACUGCACAACUGGGUGAAGUUCUACCUAGAGGAGCAGCGAGGCGCCGCACGCUACUUGGGCGCGCGGUACAAGGGCCGGACAACCGUCUCCGAGGGAGCUCUGAACCCCUACUUCGUCAGUGGCCGCUUCACUUGGGACCUUGAGGGGAAGCAUUUGAUUAAGGACGUCGGCGGAUUCUUCGUUGGUGUGUCACCUGAGUGGCAGCUAGCGAUCGCCACGACGGCUUUCUUCGAGACGCUGACACCCGAGCGUGCUGUGAGACGCCAGUGGAGUCGUGACUUCAUGUCAAGGGAUGUUGGGUACAUGCGGGCAGCGAGACUUGGUGACCAUGUGUACCGGAUAUGCAUCCGACGGAACGAGCAUGGGAAUUUGACCACGUUCUUUGCGGCGCAGCUAGGGACCUGGGAUGCGCGGGCGCGAGCCGAGCUCGACGAGCCUCUCACUCCAGAGGUCCUCAAAGAGCGAUUGCAGCCACUGUUGGUCCUGCAUGGUUUCGCCGACGAGGAGGACCUGUUGCGGCUUGCAACUCGCGUUGCUUCAGCCGGUGCGUGCAACUUGCGAGAUGCACUGAGACACCUGCAUGCAGAGCUGACCUUUAGCUUCUCCGAUGCUGCGCAAGCGGAGACACAGAUUGCGGGUGACCUUCCGCGUGUUGUCGCAGAGGUCAUCGCCGCCUUCGACCAAGGCCGCCUCCGAAGCGACGCCUGGGAGGAGCUGACGGCCGAUCUCUCCCGUGCGACGGGUCUCAAGGGCAAGAAGCUUCUUCAACCCCUGCGCUUCACCCUGACUGGCCGUUUGAAAGGACACAGUCUUCCUGAGCUGAUCCAGCUGCUGGAGCUGAUGGAGCGGCUCGGUGCCCCUUGGAGCUCCGAUGUGCUGCCUCUGGACAGACGUGUUGCAGAACUCCGGACAUGGCGCGAAGUAGCCAGCGCUGCCUGCACGACAAAGCUCGAAGUGGAGUACCUUCGUCGUGAUGCAUCUCUCAGUGACCAGGUUGAGCGGAGGCUGCGGCAGGUGGAGCGCAUGCAGGCCGCCAUCCAGCACUGGAAGCAGAAGAUCGCGCAGAACAGGCAGGAGUGCGAGGAGCGGAAUCAGCAGCUCCGCACGGAGAAGGACCACAUCGCGAAACACUUCCAGGAGCUCAAGGCGAAGAUGAAUCACUUCCGCACGGAGGGCAAAAAGCGCCUCGCAGACCUGACAAUGAAUGCCAGGAACUGCAUCAAGUCCUUGAAAGACCAGCUGGGCCUUGCCGAGAGGAUCUUGAAGACUGCAGAACUUUGCAGGAAGUUCGAGACGGAGCGGGAGAAGGUGCUCCCGUUCUAUCUGUCACGUGACAUCCUCCAAGAAUUUGAGGAAGGUGAGCUCGAGUUCGGAGAUGAGGACCUCAAAGAGGAAAUCCGAAAGGAGCUCACAGACGUUGGCAUCGAUGAGUGGACCUACUUGGACAAUUUCUUUAAGCGGUACAACAAGGUGAAACUAGACUUCCAUGCAGUUGAACAGGAGGGAAAGCGCCUCACAAAGGAGAAUGUACAGUUGCGUUCCAUCCUGAAGCAGUUCCUCGACGGAGUAAGUGUCAAUGAGGAUGUGCUGUCGGCACCAAAUCCUCUGCUGGUGGUGAACGGCAAGGUGAAUCUGAACCACGUGCCAGUCAAGCGCGCCGCAGACAAGACUGUGUAUGUGGAGGCAGCGCACCAUGCUGGCAACACCGUUGUCAGGCGCUGA